GAAUUCAAGUCCUGGACGACGCUGUGCACGUUCUAUAGCCACUCAACCACAUCCUAUCUGUCUACCAAUCUAAUGUCCUCGGGCGAUGAAAUGAACGCAUGGAAGACUACGACGCGUCCAAAGCCCCGUAAGAAGCAGCGCACCGUGUCCCCACAGCCGUCUACGUCUAAGCAACCAAGUAAUAGCAGACUAAUAACAGAAUCAUCCCCUUCCUGCCCUUCCUCUUCAGACGAUAUCGAGCUCAUCGAUCCGCCACCUAAUCCACAUCCGAGUACGGCCCGUUCACAGAAAAAGAAGGGACAGGGCAAGGCAUCCGAAAGUCGCCCUAACGGUAAGGUCCCAGAUAGCCGGUCAAAGUCUAAGCAAGAAAGUCAGCCAAGGGGGAAAGCACCAGAGAGUCAAGCAAAGGCAAAAGACAGUCACGUCAAACCAAAACUCGUCAAGCCUCCUGCCAAGAAGCUUCCCUUUCCAGAUCCCAUCACCGAAGACCCCUCAAACCAUAGCGACCCAGAGCACGAGCAUGAGAAACCACCCCUGAGCCCACGUAUUCACAAGGAGCUUGAGCGGUGGCAGGCAAAGACAAAACAUUUGGAGCACCAGCGCGACAAACUCUCGCAGCAGCUCGAGGAACUCUUCCAGGUCCGCAAAACAGAUGCUGAACAGGCUCUUGAUGACCUUACGGCUCUAUAUGAUAGUCGUUCAAAAACACAAGAAUCCAUCAUAUCAGCCCUCCAGGCACAAUUAGCUUCCCAGUCGCCCUUCUUCCGUUCAUCUGAACUUCAUUCCAAUCCUCCGUCCAGGUCGACACACCCACCCCCCAAUUCAAGCACUUCAAGCAUUCCUCACUUCCUCACUCGCGCUACAGCUGAUGCCGAACAGCGCUCGAUGCAGGAUGAGCUAGCACGCAUGCGGGACGAACUCGUAGCUAAGGACGCAGUUGUCGAGGAGCGUGAAAGGCGAAUUGCCGAGCUUCAGCAGAGUGUGAAAGACAUCCGUGUUGAACUUGAUGCCGAGAUUGCGCGCUCAAAGGAGCUUCUCGAGCGAAAACCACACCCCCACACCAAGACCUUCUCCACAGACACCGACCCAAAACACACCGCAGCCAUCCGUUUCUAUGAGGAUUUUUCAAACCUCUUGGUCUUGAACAUCAAAUGGGAGCCGCGCGAGGGUGUGGAAGAUGACAUCUUGCAUACGUGUGUUUAUACACAUGUCGCGACCGUGAAAGAUGAAAACGAUGGGUGGGAGCAUGUCGAGAGGUCAAUAUCCUUCUCCCUCCGUGCCUACACCGAGUUGUCAGAGUCCGAAGACCCGGAAAUGGACCGGCGCGUCAAAUAUACCCCUCUCGAGCUUGACAAACUGAGCGAUGAUUUCAAGGAACGCCUUGGCUUCCUUGCAAGCGGGUUUACGUUCCCGCACAAACAGGCUGCGCUAUUUUUGGGGAGCAUGGCGCGCCAGAUGGAGACUGCCUUUGAGAGCGAGGUGGGCGAAGUAAGUGCGGUUGACGAACAUGAGGAGAGGAGAGAGGAAAUCCUUGUGGAUGAUCUUUAGUGUUGCGAGGAACGGGUAUGCAGCGCAAAAUAUGGUGAGCCUCGGGUUCACAGAUGCAUCGAUGUUUCUGAGUCGUUUGGUUUAUGUACACUUUAUAUUACCCCUACGGCGAUACCCGUCAUGUAUACUGACAUUGCCAUACAUCAGCGUGUACGCUGUCAUUACAUUGGUUUUUGUAGAUUCCUGAUGACGACC